UUAGAUGGACGUAAAGGAGACGUAAAUCACAAGGGAGUCCAAUUUUACACAAGUCUCAUAGAAACGCUUAUACACGAGGGCAUCGAACCAAUAGUGACUAUAUUCCACUGGGAUUUGCCUCAAGCCCUAGAAGAUGAAUAUGGUGGAUUCUUGAGCCCGAAGUUUGUGGAUGAUUAUCUCGAUUAUGCGGAUUUUUGCUUCAAAACAUUCGGCCAUAAAGUGAAAAAGUGGAUUACCUUUAAUGAGCCAAUUAUGUUUACUACCAAUGGGUAUGAAUUUGGUACUUUCGCACCUGGUCGAUGUUCUCGUUAUUAUGGAAAUUGCACUAGUGGGAACUCCGGAACAGAACCUUAUAUUGUGAUUCACCACUUAAUUCUUGCUCAUGCGAAAGCUGUAGACUCGUAUAGGAAGAACUACCUGGAGAGUCAAAAGGGAAUCAUAGGGAUAACAAUACAAUCUUUGUGGGCCGUACCAAAGUUUCAUACACCUGAAUGUUGCCUGGCUGCCUAUAGAGCCAUAGACUUUGGUUUUGGAUGGGUUUUUCACCCAGUCACAUUUGGAGACUAUCCAGAAACCAUGAAAUCUUUGGUGGGAGGCGGCCGGUUGCCUAAAUUUACUAAAGAAGAAUCCAAAUUAAUAAAAGGGUCAUACGAUUUCUUGGGACUAAAUUAUUAUACUGCAAGGUAUGCAGAGGAUUCAAAUGUUUCAUGCCUUACACAUCAAGGUCCCUUAUGUGAUAGUCAUGUUAAUUUCACAACUUCGAAAAAUGGUGUACCUAUUGGAAAGCAGGUUAAUGGAACGUGGAUGUUCAUUUAUCCAAAAGGGAUUGAAGAACUGUUGUUGUACGUAAAAGAAAAUUACAACAAUCCCGUAAUUUACAUCACAGAGAAUGGGCUUCCUGAUCCCCUCAAUAGUACUUCUCUCAACGAUACUGGAAGAAUAGAUUUCUAUCGCCGUCAUCUACGACGUCUCUCAUUGGCUAUUAAGGCUGGAGUCAACGUGAAGGGAUUCUAUAUUUGGACACUUCUUGAUGACUUUGAAUGGAAUUCCGGUUAUACUUAUAAAUUUGGCAUAUACCAAAUUGAACGUGAAAAUCACUUAGCAAGAAUCCCCAAAGAAUCUGAACGUUGGUUUAGACAAUUCCUCAAACCCAUUCCCAGAGUCUUGAAUGAUGACGAGCCAACUUCUUCAAUGCUCUCUACAGCCUAAUUAAAUCAAGAAAUACGUAUAAUCUGAACAAUAUAUAUAUAUAUAUAUGUAUUUUAAAUAAAGGCUGAGUGUGGAGAAGAAAAGGUAUUUGUAGGUUUAAAAAGCUACUUUGAGUUUCAGUGUGUGAGAAUAAUAUUAUCAAUUAUGUUGUGUUGAUCAUUUGUGGGUUUACGUAUUUUAAUAAGUUCUUUUUC